UAAAACUCUUCAUAAAGUGUAUUCAAUUUAUUUUAUUUUUUUAUUUUUUAUUUUAUUUAUUAUUUUGGAAAAAAGAAUCGCGAAAAAUGUAUUGUUCAUUAAUCAAAAUUUUUAUAGUUUGUGUGAUAUUAUUUUUAAAUGAAAUGGUUCAUGGAAUAAUACCUGAUUAUAUAAAAGUAUGUAAACGUUCUGAACCAAAUGUAAAUGAUUGCAUACGAAAUUCAGUGGAACAAAUACGACCAAAAUUAUUAGAAGGUAUACCUGAAUUAGAAGUACCACCUAUAGAACCUAUGGAAAUACCAGAAGUUUCUCUAACUCGUGGACCAAAGAGUGCCAAUAUAGAAGCAUUGAUCUCUAAUGUACGUGUAUGGGGACCAGCAAAUUUUGUGAUUCAAACAUUGGAAUCCGAUCUAGAAAACAAUAAAUUUGAUUUUAAGAUACUUCUACCAAAAUUAUAUUUCGAAGGUAAAUAUAAUCUCAAUGCCAGAAUUUUGUUAUUGAAUUUACAUGGAAAUGGAAAUAUAAAUGGAACAUUUACAAAUUAUAAAAGUAACGUAUCAAUGCAGGGGCAUAAAAUCAAAAAAGGCGAUGCUGAACAUUUACUAUUUGAUCGAUUGAAACUAAAAUUAAGUAUUGGAAAAGCUAAAUUAUAUUUUAGUAAUUUAUUUAAUGGAGAUCCAGUAUUAGGACCAGCUGUCAAUCAAAUUAUUAAUGAUAAUUCACAGACAUUUAUUAAUGAAAUUGCACCAGCAUUAGAACGUUCGAUAGCUGAUGUAUUUACAGACAUAGCCAAUAAGAUUACAUUAAAAUUUACGUAUGAUGAAUUGUUCCCAUAACAAGUAUUCUUUAUUUUUUAAGUUAUUAAAUAUAUUUUUAAAAAUUUA